AUGGCGGAAACCUUCCUUGAUACUGCGAAUGUCCACCGAGAGAAGCAGUGCGAGACUUGGCUUGGUGAACGGCUGGUCUCAAGAAACAAUCGCGAUCAGAUGGUCAUUGCCACCAAAUACACCGGCUAUCAGGACCACCACAAGGGUCAAAUCCAGGACGAUUUCGGUGGAAAUGGAACAAAGUCUACGCACGUCUCGCUGGUGGCGUCACUUCGGAAACUUCAGACCAUCUAUUGGACCAUCCAUUGGUGGGAUGACACGGUGUCUGUUCCGGAGCUUGUGCAUGCUCUGAAUGAUUUGGUCACUUCUAGGGAGGUUCUGUAUCUCGAAGUCUCUGACACUCCCGCUUUGAUGAUUGCUUAA